AUGACCCAAUUCGACAAAACAGCAGAAGCCGCAACGCGCCAAGCCACAGAGCUCAUCAAACAGCGUCUAAGGGCAGGUGUGCGGGGCCGUCACGUUGCCAAAGCUGGAGCAGUCCUAGCUGGCUCCUUUUUGACGUACAAGUAUCUCAAGUCUGAUUAUUCCGUUUUCGCGGUCGUUCCCGCGGGCCACGUCGGCGUCCUCGACCGCUUCGGCGUCGUUCAACCCACAGUUCUACACCCGGGUUUCAGCUGGAAAUCGCCGUUGGAGAAGUGUAUCCGCAUCUCGACAAAGACGCAGCUGGAGGACUAUUCAUGCACGGCGCCUAGCAAGGAGGGGUUGUCUGUCACGAUGGCUGUGUCGGUGCUGUUUCGGUUGGAGCCUGAGAGCGCCGCAAAAGUCUACAAAACUAUCGGCCCCCAAUAUCUCGACAUUGUCUUCCGCCCGCAACUCCGCUCCGCCAUCCGCGACAUCACCUCCGCCCACGACGCAAAAGACCUCUACUCCUCCUCGAUGCGUACAUCCAUGACCCUCGCCGUCGAGCAAUCCCUGCGCGCCUCCCUCUCGUCCCGGGGUAUCCAAGUCGAAGAAGUCCGGUUCCGCGACCUGACCCUCCCCGCACGUCUCACCCAAGCGAUCGAGGAGAAAUUGCGCGCGGAGCAGGGGGCGAUGCAGAUGCAUUUUGUGCUGGAACGGGAGAGAGCGGAGGCGGAGCGGAAGGCGAUUGAGGCAGAGGGGAUCGCAAGGUUUCAGAAGAUUGUGGCGGAGGGGGUCAGUCAGAAUUUGUUGAGGUGGAAGGGGAUUGAGGCGACGGAGAGGUUGGCGAUGUCGCCGAAUGCGAAAGUUGUGGUUGUAGGUGGGAAAGAUGGGUUGCCAUUAAUCCUGGGACAGUAGGCAGUCGAGAAAGACGUUGAUCUCGCACUGUACAUACAUAGGCACACCAUACCCUCUGAUGCGGACGCCCGGUAUCCGACGUACCCUCUGUGUUAUCUUAUGGGGGUCUCAUCUUCGACGAAACGUUGCAAAUGAGAUGCCCGCAGGCAGGACAUGGGUCGCGGACGAAAGCGACAGUGAGCUAAGGGAGGAUCUCGUUCUCGUCUUACACACGCCCACUGGUGCUGAAUACUUGCGCUGGCUGGC